AUGCAAAGAAGUAUUAGUUUGGAUAAAAUAAAUGUUACAGAAGUGGUGUCAAAUGCAAGAAACAGUGCACUCAACAACUCGCCCGAAAUUGUCUUACCUCAAAAAAGACGACUUCGACCGGCGGGAAGUAUAUUCGAACACUAUUGUAUAACUAUUAAGCCGAAAUUAUACAGGAGCAGUUCUUUAUCCGACCUAACAGAGUAUUCAAGUGAUUUCAAUUUAGUCUAUUACAAACAGAAAUAUUUAGCACACACGAAACUGAAACAGUCAUAUUACAAUAGUGCUGGCGACGCUGGACCGACGUAUUACCGACAAGAUAUUGACACAUUAAUGUCGUGGAACUUCAAAGGGAAAAAGCCUAGGAAGAAGUUAGAUAUGUCUCCAGAGAGUUACGCCUCAAAGUUUGCCACAGAGUACCUAAGUAAUUUCCAGAGAGACAGAGAUGAGACUGAUUUAAAUCCCUCGUCAUGUGCAGACAAUUCCAGUACUGACAGUACAGAUCAAUUUGGUGUUCAAAAAGGUGCUACUUUCCCUUUUAAAUCAACCCCUAGUGGUAAUCUAAAGGUUCAGUCAAAUCAAGUAGUGUUUCAAUCAUCCACAGUUGGCGUACUCCUAGCAGAUCCCACUCAAGCUAAGGUUAAAGUAAAAUUCGAAGGUAAAGCGGCGGGAGAGCCUGAUGACGAUGCUUCCAACAGCUAUGAUAAUGAAGUUGACUCAGAACCGCAGCUACAAUAUGGACCUAGGGACAUUCAGAACUCAAAUUUCACAGGGAAGGCACCUAAUGAUCGAAAUGCGAAACCAAAAUCACCAAACCACAGUGAUGAUAGGGGCAAAGAUUUAGCGAGCCUUGGGUACGCUGUCGCGGAGCCUAUAGACUGGAUGCGGGUUCAACUACCCAAGAAACAGGAUUUAUUUCAAGAAUUUUACCGCAGGAUACACAACUAUAUAAACACUGAUACUGUUGUACGCAUUGGCGAUGAGGAAUUUCACUGUCAUUUCAUUGUAUUACAAGUUUACUCCUCCUUUUUUGACAUGAAUCCACAUAGAGAAAUAGAACUGCCCAUAACUAAUGUUACACCAGAAGCUUUCCAAAUUAUUUACGAAUGGAUGAUCUUCAACGGUGUAGAAAGUAACAAACUCUUGAAGAGAGACAAUAUCUUAGAUUUAUUUUGUGCUGCACAGUUUUUAGCUGUUAAAGAUCUUGAAGACCAGUGUUGGUCGUUUAUCGUGAAUGAAAAUUUGUUUACCGAAGAUACAGCUUUUGCCCUAUUUAGAGAGGCGAGGAAAAAGUGCAUGACCCCCGUUAUGGAUUUGAUGGUUCCUCGUGUGAUGAGAUUUUUUCUACCUCUGGUAGCUUCCAGAGAUUUUAUCGGCCUAGAACCAGAAGAAUUAAUGACAUUUUUGAAAUCAAACUAUAUUUCUGUAACAAGUGAGAUAGAAGUGCUAAUGGCGGGAGUCCGAUGGUUAUACGGAGACUGGAUGACACGACGAAGGUUUGCGGUUGACGUCAUGCGGUGCGUCCGCUUCGGGCUAAUCUCGCCGUGGCAGCUUGUAGAUAUAAAACGCAAUCCCGACAAUGCCGAGAUCCUAGAGAUUGUAAAUGAGCCGGAAGUGCAGCAGAUGGUUGAUGACGGACUUGCGUAUGUAAUUAUAAAAUAUUGGUAUGGAAACAAUUCGAAGAAUUAUUAUCAUUGGAUCGAUGUUCUUGGUCUCACUGAGCCGGCUGAUAGAAACUGGAUUGGUGAAGAAAAGAACCACGUCACUUACAAGGAUUUUUUGAAAUACUUGGAACAGUUCAUGGUCCCAAAAGACCAGAUGUACCAACAGAUGGCCAUGAUGCAACCACCUCGACGGAACGAUGACUUACCCGGUAAUAUGCGAGGUAUGGAUAAUGACAAAAUGGAAAUGCGAAGACCUAAAAUGGAUUUUCCACUGCCCGCCACACUGAAGGGACUUUCUGGAGACAAAGAUAAAUCCUUCCCAACUAUGAGUGAAUUUUUCGAACACAAGCGAAAGGCACAGGAAGGUGGCGGUAAUCAGUCGAUAUCACCGUCAAACAGAUCCCCACCAUCAAUAGAUAUGGACAUAGCGGUCCAGGCUCCCAUACUAUCUAAAUGUAGACGAAGUCCAGAAACCUCUUGCAAACAUCAAGAGCAUUUAGAGGAGCAUAGAAAGCUACUAGAACAUCAAACGCAACAAAUGCAAAUGGCUCAACAAACACGUCGGAAGCAAAUACAACAGAUCCACAUGUGCUCCGUGGAACAAGACAGCGGGUCACAAAAACAUGAACAAAUGUACGAUCCUCCCGAAAAGGACUCUGCUGAGGACCUGAACUCGACGAUGAGUGAAACCAGCAAUGACACUAUUGAGACAAGCAUUACUGAAAAGAACCAGUUUUCUAUAAGAAGAUCAGAGAAGAGACAUAGCGUUGCAGCUACGUAUUUGGCAGCUGCUACUGCAGCCCUAUCUGGAUCCAGAAGGGGCUCUCAAAGUCCUUCGGGUCCUCGUCCACAAACGCCAACGAACAUGUCACGCACGGAGCCAAUACAACGACCAAAUCCGCUACUCUCACAAAACAACAUUUGCAGUCCAGAGAUAUCGCUCUUUAACCAGUCCAAGGAGUCACUUGCUAAGAUGAAUAUGAACAAACUGUCUACCUCUAUACUGGGUCCAUCAAACAAGAACUACAACGCAGAAGGCUCCUUGUUCAACUGGGACAGAGAAACUGUCUUAGUUUUUGGUGGAAUAGAUCCUCAUACGACUUACGGGCUUGGAGGGAACACUGGAAACUACAUUUAUAGGUUUGAUCCAGUAACCAAUGUUUGGGACUAUGUCGGAGACCUUCCAGAGCCAAGACAUCACCAUUCAGUAGCUUUCCUAAGAGGGCGCGUUUAUCUUGUGGGUGGUGCUGAUCCCAGGGACGACGAUAUACGAGGGAAGUCAGUCGUAGUUUCAACGGUGUGGAGUUUCGAGCCAGUAUCUCGUUCGUGGUACAGUGAAAAUGGUCUCAUGACACCAAGAAAGAACUUCGGCCUGGUUGUCCAUCGUAUGGCCAUGUACGCUAUUGGAGGGCAAGAUAAAAAGGGAAGAGUACUUCGGUCUGUAGAGAAGUUUGAUCCAAAGACAGGAUCCUGGACUGAAAUCCGAUCUAUGAUCAUAGCACGCAUGGCAGUUGCAUGUGCCAAGUACCGUGAAUAUAUUUGGGUGGCUGGAGGCAUGACCGGGGAAAAGAAAAAGCCUGUCUGCAGGAUUGUGGAGUGUUACAACUCGAAGACUAAUGAAUGGACAGAAAUACACAGUUUGCGGUUUCCCAGAUGUUUCUCUACGAUGUUCGCCAUGAACGAUAAAUUAUAUAUCGUCGGUGGAGCUGGCAAAGUGUCAGAAAAGGACAAAACGGCAAGCAGUGUCGGUGCGAUAGACGUGUGGGACUGGAAGGAACGCCAGUGGAGACAAGAAACUGAGAUGUCCAUGCCAAGGCACGGACACGCGCUUGCAUACCUUGGCACACAGCUUAUCAUCAUAGGUGGAGUAACAACGAUCUACAUGCGGGCCAUAAACAAUGUGGAGUCGUUUUGCUGCGAGCGCGGCGCGUGGAUCCGCGGCGUUGCAACUUUGCCUUCGCCGCUGUCCGGUCACGGCGCCGUCACGCUCCCACCCGCUUCACUCAUGUGA